UCUUCGUGUCAUGGUUUACCAAAAUCUUACCAUCCUCAUUUCAAGUCUCAUCUGUUCUCUACUUCCCUCUCCAACCCAACUCAACCCUGUUUUCAAAUGUAAUGAAUGUCCAAACUUUGGUAUAUACUGCCAACUCGAACAUGAAGAUUUUGGGUUCAUGUUGAUACAGCAGUACAGAUUUUCGGUUUGGUAAAAAAAAAAAAAAAAAAAAAAAAUUAAUUGGAACAAACAGUGGUACACUGGUGGGUUCCUUCUUAAAGAUUCAGAUCUCGUCUCACCCCGACUGUAUCUUGUUUCUAUUAUUCUGCAUCAAUCCAUUCAGCUUCCCUUUUCCUGUAGCCCCAUCUGCACACCCAUUGCUUUUUCCCUUUUUUUCUUUUUUAUUAAUUGGUUUUCCAUUGCUGCAGUUUGAAGAAAACUCGUCCUGCGACAGUCAAAAGAGGUGUUCUCAAAAGACAUCUCGUCUCAUUUAGUACAAGCUAGAAAAUGCAGCGUCCUCCGCCAGCUGAAGAAUUCAAACUGAAGGAGACCACACCCCAUCUCGGUGGGGGAGGGGUAGCAGGUGAUAAGCUUACAUCCACCUAUGAUCUUGUCGAGCAGAUGCAAUACCUUUAUGUACGUGUUGUUAAAGCAAAAGAUUUGCCGGGGAAAGAUGUUACUGGUAGCUGUGAUCCGUAUGUUGAAGUAAAGCUUGGAAACUACAAGGGAACUACUAGACAUUUUGAAAAGAAGUCCAAUCCCGAGUGGAAUCAGGUUUUUGCAUUCUCAAAAGAUCGAAUUCAAGCUUCUGUGGUCGAAAUUGUGGUUAAAGAUAAGGAUUUCGUGAAAGAUGAUUUCAUAGGCAGGAUCUGGUUUGAUCUCAAUGAAAUCCCAAAACGGGUUCCACCGGAUAGCCCUUUGGCACCACAGUGGUAUAGGCUGGAAGACCGGAAGGGGAUUAAGGUGAAGGGCGGGGAACUCAUGCUGGCUGUGUGGAUGGGAACACAAGCAGAUGAAGCAUUUCCAGAUGCGUGGCAUUCUGAUGCUGCAGCAGUAAGUGGUGAUGGCAUUUCAAACAUUCGGUCGAAGGUAUAUCUAUCUCCAAAACUUUGGUAUCUUAGGGUCAAUGUUAUUGAAGCUCAAGACUUGAUACCCAGUGACAAGAGCAGGUACCCAGAACCUUUUGUAAAGGUUAUCGUUGGAAAUCAGGCCCUGCGAACCAGAAUAUCUCAAAUCAAGAGUAUUAAUCCAAUGUGGAAUGAAGACUUGAUGUUUGUGGCUGCUGAACCUUUUGAGGAACCCUUGAUUCUGACCGUGGAAGAUAGAGUGGCACCCAACAAAGAUGAAGUCUUGGGAAGAUGUGUGAUUCCUUUGCAGGGUGUGCCCAGGAGGCUAGACCAUAAAGCUGUGAAUGCAAGUUGGUUUAACCUUGAAAAGCAUGUAGUUGUUGAGGGGGAACAGAAGAAGGAGAUUAAAUUUGCCACUAGGAUUCAUCUGAGGCUAUGUUUGGAUGGUGGGUAUCAUGUCUUAGAUGAAUCAACGCACUAUAGCAGCGAUCUUAGGCCAACUGCCAAACAGCUGUGGAAGCCUAGCAUUGGGGUUUUGGAAUUGGGGAUUUUAAGUGCUCAGGGGCUCAUGCCCAUGAAGCAAAAGGAUGGGCGAGGAACCACCGAUGCUUAUUGUGUGGCGAAAUAUGGGCAGAAAUGGGUUCGGUCAAGAACAAUCAUAGAUUGCCCUACUCCAAAAUGGAAUGAACAAUAUACUUGGGAGGUUUAUGAUCCUUGUACUGUCAUUACAGUGGGGGUAUUCGAUAAUGGCCACUUGCAUGGAGGAGACAAAGCUGGAGGCGGAAGGGAUACGAAAAUAGGCAAGGUGAGGAUUCGGCUGUCUACUCUUGAAACUGAUCGGGUUUACACGCACUCCUAUCCACUUCUGGUCUUACAUCCUGGGGGGGUAAAGAAGAUGGGUGAAAUUCAAUUGGCUGUCCGAUUCACAUGUUCAUCUUUGAUUAAUAUGUUGCAUAUUUAUUCACAUCCAUUGUUACCAAAAAUGCACUAUAUUUACCCAUUAUCUGUAAUUCAGCUUGAUAGCUUGAGGCACCAAGCUACUCAUAUUGUCUCAAUGAGGCUGGGCCGGGCUGAACCUCCAUUGAGGAAAGAGGUUGUGGAGUAUAUGCUGGAUGUGGAUUCACAUAUGUGGAGUAUGAGGAGAAGUAAGGCAAAUUUUUCCAGAAUUGUGGGAGUUCUAAGUGGGUUGAUGGCAGUUGGGAGAUGGUUUGAUCAAAUCUGCCAUUGGAAGAACCCCCUUACGUCCAUUUUAAUUCACAUCCUUUUUGUAAUAUUGGUCCUUUAUCCUGAGCUGAUACUACCCACCGUCUUUCUCUACCUUUUCCUGAUUGGGAUUUGGCACUACCGCUGGAGGCCUAGGCACCCUCCUCACAUGGAUAUCAGACUCUCACAUGCCGAUAGUGUUCAUCCUGAUGAAAUGGAUGAAGAAUUUGACUCAUUUCCUACUGCUCGGGCAUCAGAUAUUGUUAGGAUGAGAUAUGACCGCCUGAGAAGCAUAGCAGGGAAGAUUCAAACUGUGGUUGGUGACAUGGCAACGCAGGGGGAGAGGUUUCAGUCCCUCCUGAGUUGGAGAGAUCCGAGAGCCACUGCACUGUUUGUGACCUUCUGUUUGAUUGCUGCAAUAGUUCUUUAUGUCACCCCAUUUCGAGUUGUGGCUCUCCUCACUGGGAUUUAUGUGUUGAGGCAUCCCAGGUUCCGUCACAAACUUCCUUCGGUCCCUCUAAACUUCUUCAGGAGGUUGCCUGCAAGAACAGACAGUAUGCUGUAGGAGCAGGGAAUGGGAUGAUGUUGCCAAGUAUGGAGGUCUUAUUUCUUCUACUAAGCGGGUGGAUCUGGGAGCCUGGUAUGUUGUGUAAUUUCCUUUGCGUGCAUUGGUUAAUUCUCAGAUUUUCUGCUUUCUAUUUUGUUGAUUGGAAUCCUGUCUUUUGUAAUCAAUGCAUGCUGGUUUGUAGGUCUCAGUUUGAAUGUUGUCAAUGUAAAACUAUUACCCUGCUUUGUGAAACUUUGAGUAGAUUGUUCAUUGAGACUAUCACAAAA